AUGGCCACUACUACUUCUAAGGAUCAUACUAGUGAAACCACUCCCUCCCUCCUACCGGCCUAUGUCGAGGAAAUAACCAACAUCGAUACUUUUGUCACGACGAUACAAAAACUUUCUGACUGCAUUACUAAAGCGGUCUCUGACGGCAAGUCAGUCACCGCCGCAAAGAAGAGACUCAUCAACCUAGCUGCCGAGGAGAUCAGAAGGGUUCAGGCAGUGUCAAAUCACAAACUUAGAGUGGAAUUUGAUACAACCGAACAACGUAACGACACCCUACAAAAGCUAAAAUCGUCUGAGCACGUAAGCGUUGAGCCGGCUAAGGGACUGCGGCCAAUGAUUAUACUAAAGGGUAUAUCCAAAAAUAUACCAGCUGAAGAGAUAGCUGGUAUUGUCAGGGGGCAGAACCCAGAGUUGAAAGAGGCUUUUAUUGAGGACGAUGACAUGCGCCUCCGAUUUAGGCGUAGCAACAAAAACCCGGGGCUAUACAACGCAGUGUUUCUUGUGGCACCCAAACUCUUUCGUAAAUUCAUUGAAAAGGGCAAAAUCAGUGUUGACUACCAGCGACUACACAUCAGCGAAUUCUCACCCUUUCUGCAGUGCCACAGGUGUCUGCAGUUUGGGCACAUUAAAAAGUACUGCACAGCCGCAACUAGUCAAUGCUCGCACUGUUCCAGUAAGGAGCACACAGGCGAAAAAUGUCCUGAUAAGGGCAAACAAGGUGGCUAUCAAAUUGCAUUGCUGUCGGAGCCAUAUGUUGGCUCAGGAAAUGAGGUGCGACCAACUCAGGGACUCAACAUACAUCAAUUUGGUGGAAAAGGUAGAGUUAAGGCGUGUAUACUCACUAAACCAGGCUGCGGUCAGGUGAUUGGUAUGUCACAAUACUCUAACUCAAAUCUUUGCGUUAUUCAAUUCACAAGUGGCGGUCAUAAAAUACUCAUAGCCUCCGCAUAUAUCGAACCGAAUUCAGACGAAAAUAACACAUUAGAGCAUAUAGAUAAUUUUCUCAAGAUCUCCCGAUGCCCAAAUACCAUCAUUGGCGGUGACUUUAAUGGAUGGCACCAUCUAUGGGGCAGUAAGACCAAUAACCCUAGAGGAUGUGCGGUAGUAGAGCUGGCACAUGCAAAUGAUCUCUUCGUUUGCAAUGUCGGCACCUCACCCACCUUUGAAACCGUCACACACGGCAGGGAUCGGACUUCUAUAAUAGACCUCACAUUGGCCCAUGGACACAUAUUUGACCGUGUAAUCGGGUGGAAGGUCAACCUCAACGCCUGCCCUUCAUCGCAGCAUAAUGCGGUGGAAUACGAGAUUGCGACUGAGAAUUCUUCCUUAAACUCCUCAUCGAUAACCAACUCCACGUUUAAGUACAACAGCAACAAGGCCAAUUGGGGAAUAUUCAAGGAUGCACUCAACACGCUUAUGACCAAUACAGAUAUAUUGGAGAGAGACAUCGGAUCGCUGAACACAGCUGGCUUGGAGAAAUUGAUUGAUGACAUCUGCGGGAUCAUUCAUAAAGCGUGUGAAGAAUCUAUGCCGACAAAGAAAGGCCGAUCCCUGACGAAGCAUCGCCCGUUAUGGUGGACGGAAAAACUGACAGACCUCAAAAAAGAAGUCAUCCAGUUACACCACAGACUAAACCGAAUGAGACGUCGGAAUCUGCCUCUAGACCAACUAGCAGAGGAAUUAAAUAAUAAAAAGGCAAUAUAUGCGGAGGAACUGAGGGCGGAGUCUUCCAGGAGUUUUAGAGAGUUCUGCGAACUACAAACAAAAGAAAACGUUUGGACUCUCACGAAUAGACUUCUGAAGGACACUGCACCCAAGCGGCCACCAGCCACCAUAAAAAUUGGUGACAAUUACACCAGCAGCGAAACGGAGACGGCCCAAGCACUCCUGGAUCACUUUUACGGUGAUGAUACACCAGAUAAUGAUACGCACCAACACCAGUUUCUUAGAUCCAGAAUCGGGAAUGAGCCAGAUGGAGUAGAUGAACCCCCAUUCGCUGUCGAGGAAGAUGUAAAUACCCUACAAACAAAUACCAAUCGCGCUCUGGAAAUCAUAUUGGAAUGGGGGCAAAGUGUCAAAUUGACAUUUGGACCCACUAAGACGCAAGCCAUUGCAUUCACGCGUAAGGCUGAAGAAGCACACCUUAUAAUGGGGAGACACACUUUAGCGUUUCAAAGGAGUAUUAAGUUCUUAGGCAUGAUCAUUGACCGAAAGCUUCUGUUCGCUGAUCAUGUUAAGUACGUUGUUGGGAAGGCCAUGCGAAUUUUCAACAAACUAUGCAUUUACACCCGACCAACCUGGGGAGCCCAUCCCGAUAACGUGCAAACCAUCUAUCGACAGGUCAUUGAGCCUACAAUUACAUACGCAGCAGGUAUCUGGGGUCAAGCGGCGAAAAAACGAUAUGUAAGGAAGCUCUUGGAGUCGGCCCAAAGGGGAUUUGCAAUAAAGGCAAUUAGGGCCUUUAGGACAGUCUCAACGGUGGCAGCGGUCGCUCUGGCUCAAUUUGUGCCCUUGGACCUCAGGGUCCUGGAGGUACAUGAAGUUGAGACAGUUCGACUGAAAGGGGCAACCAACUUAAUACCAAGGGAUAUACAAUAUGAGAGGCCCACACCUGUGCAUGAGUUAUUACAUCCGUCAAAAAGAAUAAGUAUUGAGUGUGCAGACCUGAAUUCGGAAAAUCUAGAACAGGAAACAGCGCCCAUUCGAAUCUAUACAGAUGGAAGCAAGCUCGAGAAUGGCGGUGUGGGAGCGGCUUUCGUCUGUUUCGAAGGUUCAAAAUUUAUAUACAAAAAGAGGCUGAAACUACAUACUAGCUGCUCUGUGUUCCAAGCGGAACUCUUGGCGAUUAAAGAGGCUUGCGAGUGGACUUUGGACCGGAGAUUGAAGCAAGGAGACGAAAGACCCCAAAGGGGCACAAGGAUGCACAUGGGAUGCAAGGAGGUUAUACAGAUCUUGAGUGACUCUCAGGCGGCACUGAGAGCACUCCAAAAGAGAUCUAACACCCACCCCAUUGUGGCAAAGACUCAUGACACAAUAUAUACAGCUGCUCAAGUGGAUCUUAAUUUCAUAUUCUCAUGGGUUAAGGGCCAUGCGGGCGACGCAGGUAACGAAAUUGCUGAUGAGACAGCCAAAGGCGCUGCCACACAACACAAAACCCUUGACUACGCGAAGUUCCCUAUGAGCUUUGUAAAAAGGACUAUGAGGGAAAAAACUUGGAGAACUUGGCAGAAAAGAUAUGAAAGCGCGGAACAAGGAGCGCGCACAAAAGAAUUACUCCCAAAACUGACGGACAUUUGUGCACUAUGGAAAGCAACCAAAGUAUCAUUUCAAUUAACGCAGGCUUUAACAGGUCAUGGCUACCACAAGGAAUAUCUGCAUAGAUUCAAAAUCGCUGCCGAUCCAUUCUGCCCCUGUGACAAUACCACUACUCAAACGUUAACUCAUUUGUUGAGGGAGUGUCCUAGAUUUGAGUAUAAUAGACUAAGACACGAGAUGCUUUGUAGCAAUCUACGUAUAUCACCGUACUGUGUAACGGAACUUUCAAAUAAACAAAGUGCUAUUGAAUCCUUCGUUACAUUUAUUAAUUACAUCAUAGAUAAGCUUAAAGGAUUCAAUAAAUUGUAA